AUGUCAGAAUAUUCGGUAUAUCAGCAACUUGAAACUGAUCCAAAGUAUACAUAUAAACUACUUCAACUACCUCCAGCAAUUCUUGAAAAGUUAUCUCAAGAUGAUCAACCUUCAGAUUUACUUAUUAAAUCAGAUAUAAAUUCAUUAGUAUUAUGUACUGAUUCUCAAACAUUCAAACUAAGACAAAUGAACCAUUCAAAUACAGUGUUGGUAAUGAAUAAAGAUCAAAAUGACAGAUUAGUUGGAUUUCUGAAAUCAACUUAUGAAUAUGAAUUAAGUCCGAUGGAAGGUAUAAUUGAUACCUCAAACAUUCCAAUAUAUGAUGGUAGAACAAUAUCUCCACAUUCAAGUCAUAAUAUUCGAUUAACAGAAUUGGAAAAUGAUUCACUCUGUUCUCAUAAAGAAUUUUUUAAAAAUUGGUGUGAAUCAGGGGGUUGUGAAAUUGAUGGAUUUGCAUAUGUCAUGUCCGUGAAUGUUAUUACAGAUUUAUUAUUCUUAGUUAUUACUAAAUUGAUGAGUUUAGGUAAAGAUGGUAGUUUCACUAUUGAUGAAAUAGCAUCAGUUGUAAACAACAAUUACAACACUUCCAUGUUGACUUCGAUUAUCCAUAGAUUUGCAUCAACCACUAGUAAUAACAGUAAUCAAUGGGUAUUAAAUGAUGGUAAAAUCACUAAAUGGUUUGGGAUACAUGAACUUUCCAAAACUAACAAUCGACUUAUUUCUCAGAAUGAAUUCUUAUUGAAUUGGAAAACAAGCCUUCCUUCAUUUUAUAAUCCACCAUUGGAUAUAGUUCAACUUCAAGGUCAUUAUUGUUCACCAAUGGAAAAUAAAAUCUUGUAUAUAGAUCCAAAUUCAUUAUCAGAGAAUUUAGCUCAAAGAUUUAAAGAAUUAUUUGAAUUGGAUAAGAAAUGGAAUUAUGAUGAGUUUAUUCCAUUUAUUCUGAAAUUUGUUCCACUGGGGAAGAAAGUCGAUUCUGUGAUUUUGAAAUAUGGAAAGAAAAAGAAAAUCGGUAAAGACAAGUUUAUUGUCUGUCCUAGAUGA